UGACCCGGAAGUUUUCGCAAACCCGGAAGGUACCCCUGGCCCGGCUAGCAGCAGCAGGAUGGCGGGGGACACUUCAACGGAGCUUCUUUUUCUUGAUACGUUUAAGCACCAGAGUGCAGAGUUGACCAACGUGGAUGUGGUGCGGUUUCCUUGUGGGGUGCUGAUCACAGAGGUGCGGGUCAUUCCUCCAGGGAUCAAGGCUCACAGCAACCUGCCUGACAGCAGAGCGUUUGGGGAGACCUCUCCUCACGCCUUCCAGUUGGAGCUGUUCUUCAAUAAUGUCACCAAACCCAACAACCCCACCUUCCACAGACUGGGCAGUCUGGAGUACGACGAGAACAAGUCCAUCGUGUUCAGGCCCAGCGGGAAGGUGAACACAGACGGCCUGGUGCUGCGUGGCUGGUACACCAGUCUGACGGUGGCAGUUUAUGGGACGGCAGAGCGCUCGCAUGGACACGACCAGGACUCACCGCCUCCUCCUCCACCUCCACCUCCUCAGCAGCCGAGCGGGCUCAAGAGGAUCGUUAAACAAGAUUGGGAGAAAGAUGACCAGUACAACGGCAGCCCACCCAGACCAGCACCCAGAGGCCCUCGUACUCCGCCUGGACCUCCACCUCCGGAUGAUGAUGAGGAGGAGCAGGUCCCAGUGACGGUGGGCGUGGUCAAAGACGAGGCGUGCGAAGGCCGUGACGACUACCUGGAAGCCGUUUCGCCGGAAAGGUCGCUGCCGGCCGACGAAACCUACUCGGACGCCGAACAGGAGGAAGAGGGCGAUGAGGAGGAGGAAGAGGAGGAGCAGGAGGAGGAAGAAGACGCCCGGACCGAGGGCAGCGCGCCUGAAGAGGACGAAGAAGAAGAGGAGGAGGAGGAUGAGGGUGAGGACGAGGAAGAGGAGAUGGAGGAAGGUGAUGAUGGCUACGAGCAGAUUUCCAGCGAUGAGGACGACCUGGACAACGGGAGCUUCAAGCUGCCCUCCUUCGACAUGGACUACACUCCUGAGGACCUCGCGUCCGUCCCACCAGUCCAGUACGACCCGUAUGAACGAGAACUCAGACCCCUGCUCUACUUCACUCCUCCAUACAAGACUCGCUUCGACACCCAGUUUGAGAAGGCCACUGUGGACGAACCCAGAGACGCUGGUGGAACAGAAGGAGCAGCAGCUUCAGAGGAGGCUGAGGCUGUUACUCAGCUGAAAGAACUGCUGGCUAGUAUCGGCGACGACAGAGACGCCCGCUGGGUCACUGCUCUGGAAGAGGCACCUGGACUCCUGACCAAAGGGUUGGCUUAUUUUCUGAAGCAGGGAGCGGCAGAGAUGGAGGACCAUGUUAAAGUUUUAGUGCAGUGGACUCUCCAGGCUCUCAAUAUGGAGGUAGCUCUCACUCAGCCCAUCGCUCUGAACCUCAGGCAGCUAAAAGCUGGAGCGAAGUUGGCUUCAUACCUGGCAGAGUGUCCACAGGGCCUCACGGUGCUGCUGCGUGAGGGGGCCCUGAGUGUGCUGCUGGAGCUGCUCCAUGCAGACCACGUUUCCUCCACGCUGAAGCUGAGUAUCCUGAGAGCUUUGGACGCUCUGAUCAGCGCUCCUGCCGGCGUGGAGGCUUUCCUGCAUGUAGGAGAUUCAGAGAAGAGCGGCUAUCAGCGUCUGGUCCAGCUGUUCCUGCGUGAGGAAACCGUGAGGGUCAUAACAGCUGGAAACGCCAUAUUACAGAAGAGCCACAUGCAUGAGGUGCUGGUCGACCUGCAGAAUGCGGCAGCAGCAUGGAGCGAACCGCAGCAGGUAACGGCAAAACCCACUCAUCCACAAACACUUCAAAGACCGAGGAAGCCUUUUAAUGACCGACGUUAUCCUCAGGAGGAGAUGGAGGAUGCUGAGAGCCCGAUGGAGGAAGAACCGUCUCUGAGCUCCCCUCCUGUGAGCGAGGCAGAGCUUGACAGGAUGACGGGCGUUCUGGAGGAGCUUCAUCACCUGCUGGAGACGGCUCCUCACUGCAUGGUGCAGCCGCCUGGAAAAGCCUUCCCCACCAGUGCUAGAAUAACAGGACCACAGGAGAGGGACAACCCAUACCCUACUCUGUACAGGUACAUGCAUGCCUGUCAUUUCCUGGAGAGCACAACGGCGGUGUUGUCGGCGGCGGCAGCAGCCGGUCACGUUGGUGUCACCCAAGCUGUCAGAGAGCUGCUCCGCUUCCUGUCCGUCACCCAGGCAGGCCUGCUCUUCCUCCUCGCCCAACCAACGCCCACCAACCUGCUGCUGCGUCUGCUGGCGUCGAUGGCGGAGUCCGAGGCCGAGGAGAGCACGUUCACAGGAGGAGACGGAGGCGUCGCGGGGCCGGGGUUCGGUGAGGAAGGCUUCGGCGUUUGGUUGAUGCAGGCGCUUCACGCUCUGCAGGGCGUGUCGGAGCUGAUGAGCCACGUGGCUGCAGGAGGAGACGGCGGUGCAGGACUAGAGGAAGGCGACAACGCAGAGGUUCUGGGCAUGCUCCACGCGCUCUACCUCAUGACCUUCACGCAGACCGGUCGCAGUGCUGUGGCGCAUGUUUUCAGCCUGGAGAACAACCUGUCCUGUCUGGUUACGCUGCUGCAGCACCACAGCAAGGAUGGACAGGGUGAAGCCAAAGCUCGUAAAGCAGUGACUUAUAACUACGCCUGCAUGCUGGUGUUGCUGGUGGUGCAGACGUCUAAUGAACUGAGGAUGAUGGAACAAUUUGCUGCUCCGCUGCUCACAUUAGCCAAAGCAGACGACACCAAUGCCAAGUUACAGGAGCUCAGUAAAUGGCUGGAGCCUCUGGAGAAACUUCGCUUUGAGAUUGGCAGCAUUCCUGUCCUCAUCGACUACAUCAAGCAGAAUGUGGAAAAUGUGUUAACUGCUGAGGGAACCGGGCUGGUCGCCGCUCUGAGGGUCCUCUGUCACAUCGCCUCCCCGCCUCCAGCCAUAGAAGGUCAGCAGAGGGAUCUGAAGUGGAGCCUUGCAGGCGUCCAGCUGUUCUCUGGUGAAGGUCUGGAUACCUGUGUUCGCGUCCUGCAGAAGCUGUGCAGCGUCUUACUGCAGCCAUGGCGCGUUCACGGACACAUGGGCCCGACGCCGCAGCGCUGCAUGAUCCUCAGUGUUUGCAUCAGCACGCUGCGGCUGCUGCGCACCAUGCUGACGGAGCUGCUCCGAGGGGGAGCGUUUCAGUUCAGGGACACUCGCGUCGCCAACGUUUUGGUGACGCUCCACAUGAUCGUGUGCUCCAUUCCUGCGUCUGGACGUCUAGACGGGGAGGAGACCAGAGUGCAGGCGCUCAUCGUGGAUGUGCUGCUCACCUUCACGCAGGGAGUCAAUGAGGAGGUGACUCAUACAGAAGAGACUCUGGCCAGUAACACGUGGUCUCUGAUGCUGAAGGAGGUUUUAAGUUCGCUCCUAAAAGCUCCUGAAGGUUUGUUUUCUGGUCUGACGCUGCUGUCGGAGCUCCUGCCUCUUCCUCUGCCGAUGCAAAGCACUCAGGUGAUUUCAGUCCAAGAUGUGGCUGUGGCCUUAAACACCAGGAAGCUGUGGAGCAUGCACAUCCGGGCGCAGUGGAAAGUGUUUUCCGAGGCUCUGCGUUGUGUUUGCGCCACCAGCUGCCCUCCUCUGCUGGCCAUGCUGAGGAGAGUGUGUGUUCAGCUGGCAGACCUGUCCUCGCCCACCGCAACGCUCAUCAUGAAGGCGCUGCUGGAGCUGCUGCUGGAGGAGCUGCAGCCGGCCGAGGGGAAAGGCGUCUGCUGGAGUCAAGUCCUGCGUCUGCUGUCCCUGAUGGACGCUCUGGUGUCUCAGAGAGCCUGUAAGAGUGCAACGCUUAGCCUGUUGUCGGGUUCGGUUUCUGGAGACGAACAGCUGGCCGAUCUGUUCCCGCUGCUUCUGUCUCUGUUGGUUCCUCCGACCGAUCACUCCUUACAGCAGCAGCAAUGCAGCGUUCUAGUAGGAACCAUAUUACAGUCACUGUGUGACCAGGACAUUUCUCUGGCGGUGCCUCCGCCUGGUGAAGGAUGUUUGUCGGAGGCUGAGCAGCUCGCCAAUGCACUUCCUGGGCGGGAGAUGAUGUCAUCAGUGUGCACCUCGCUGUUAGAGGUUUUGGGGAAUUCAGAAAGCAGCGUGCCGCUUCUCCUCACCUGCAUCAGGACUCUGACGUUCCUCACAGAGCACGACUAUGGAUUGUACCACCUCAAAGUAGCUCUGAAGAAACACGGUGCAAGUUUGUGCUCGCUGCUGAAGCGGUUGGUGUUUUCCUUCAACAAGGACUCGGCAGAUCUGCUUUCAGCUCUGCUCGACUUUCUCAGGCAGAUUGUCAACACAGAAACAAUGUGUGUAGAGGAGGGUCAAGGCUCCAGCGACGAUUCCGCCUUCGUUCCUCCUCGGCUGCUGUCGGGCUCUGAGAUGAAAGCUCUGCUGCAGUGGGAGGAGUCCGAUUCGCAUCCACUUCCUGCUUUAGAGAAGCAGAUUACGAAACUCUGUAAAGAAGACGAAUCGCUGGAGACUAUGUUGGACAACGUGAUUGUUCUGAGGCAGACGUUGGAGACGGCCACUGAUUCGCCUCCUGCACCUGAAACUGAACCCACUCUGCCAGCUCCUGAGGCACUGGGAGCCCAGUUUAACCACAGGACGGUAUUCAUUCUGUCAGAAGCUCUGGAUGAGCACCUGAAGGCUCUGUGGUUCUCUCCCUUCCAGACUGACGACAUUGAAGCUGAUCUCGACAUGGUGAAGGUGGAUCUGGUGGGUUUGGCUCAGGAAUGUUGUCCAGAACUGGACCUGAAGGCCGAACUGGAGCGCUCCUUCCUCUCAGAACCGUCCUCUCCUGGUCACACCAAGGCUCCUAAAGGCUUCCGACUGGGAAAACACAAACACGAGACCUUCAUUACAUCCAGCGGUAAAUCCGACUACGUUGAACCCGCUAAAAGAGCUCACAUCAUGGCGGCUCCUCGCGGCCGUGGAGGUCGAGGAGGGUUUGGACAGAACAUGUCCCGGCCUCACGACAUCUUCCGCCUCCGCAAACAGAACACGUCCCGUCCUCCCAGCAUGCACGUGGACGACUUUGUGGCGGCGGAGUUUAAAGACAUUACCACCCCACUCGGGCUGUUGCCCCCUAAACGCCCUCCAAAGAGCACCCCCAAACCCCCCACCAGAGGACUGUUCACCGGCAACAGAGGCAGAGCCACCUUCCACAGCCAGACUCGCUUUUUCACUCCACCGCAACCAAAAGGUGUCCUGCUGUCAGGUAACUACACUCGCAGAGAAGGAGGCCGAGGUUCAUCGUGGAGCGGCCAAGUUCCCGCCGUCACUCACAGAGGAACCUACAGCGAACCCCGAGGAGGUCAGAGCAACUUCACACGAGGACCUUUACCCUCCCGACAACCGCCAGCGAAAUGCUUUGACUUCUCCUCUCCAGGCACGUAUCGACUGGCUCCCCGUGAUCGGGCGCCGCGAGGCCGAGGAGGCACCGGGCUGUCGUGGCUCACCGGAGGAGGCGGCGGCGGCAGCGUCGGAGGAGGAGGCGGCGGGGGAGGCGGCGGAGGAGGAGGAGGAGGAAGAGGGUCUCAGGGGAGCAAGUUCAGCGGCGGGGGAGGCAGCGGAGGUGGGAGGGGCAGGCACGUCCGCUCCUUCACCAGGUAAACUCACCUGGACAGUGACUGCGGCCCCUCGUGGCGUCAAAUGGACCAAUCCGGAUACACUAUCUCCAUGGAAACGUGGCGGUGUGAUGUUGUCGCGACGACGUACAGACUGUGUUGAUGUUUUCUGUUUUGUUAUGAGUUGUAAUCAGAGAAUAAAGCUGAUAGUAAAUAAGA